AAAAGUCUGCCUGAUAUUCAAGCAAAAUAUACAUAUUAAAACAUUCAAUACUGAAAUGGAGUCUGCUAUAGCUGGACGUAGGCGGACAACCGCACGACAUUCAGCAGAGGAUCAGGCUCUCGAUCAGAUAGCCAAGGAGGAUGGAUUUUCCAUACAUACUUUCAGGCAGAAGCUAGAUUAGCUGCUAGAAGACAGGCAAGAGCGGAAGCUAGAGAAAUACGAAUGCGGGAGUUAGAAAGGCAACAGAAAGAGGCAGAGGAAAAUGCAGAUAGGGUGUACGACAUGUGUUCAGCUGAUGUGAAUAGAACAAUGAGAGUAACACCUGAUUCUGUGAGGUCGUCGCGUCUCCUCACUAAUUCUAACAAUUUCCAAUCCAGUCGUAGAUCUUCCGAAGAUUCACUGGAAGAUGCUGGCCUAAGCAGAGACCUCAGGUUAGAAUUGAAAGAAUUUGAAGAAAAGUUUAGAAAGGCGAUGAUAGCCAAUGCUCAGUUAGACAAUGAAAAAUCUUCGUAUGCUUAUCAAGUCGAUCUAUUGAAAGACAAAUUGGAGGAACUAGAGGAGACGGUUGCACAACUUCGUAGGGAACUUAGAGAAAAGAAUCGCGAGUCUGAACAGUUAAAAAGACUCAGUCAAACAUUGAAAGACGAGUUAGAUGUAUGCCAUGCACAAUUAAUAGAAAGAGAUACGCUUAUACAAGAAAACGGUUUAGUUAUUGUCGACGAUGAAGGAAGUGAAAACGAAGAUAAUGAGAUUGAGAACGGUCCACGUCCAAGACGAAGAGUACUAGUCAGUACAGAAGCAGCAGAAUUAUUGCAAAACGCUGGAAAGGGUUCACUAGAUGUCCGACUGAGAAAAUUUGCUUCUGAAAAAAAAGAAUUGCAAGAUGAGAUACGACAUCUUAGAUUGGAACUAGAGGAGACAAGAAAUCGUAUUAGGUCCGAAAGAUCGCCUGGUUCAGUAUUAGGUUGCUUAUCAGACUCCGAAGAUGUGCAACGUGAAGCAAACAAGCUUUUGGCCGAUUAUAAGUUCAAGCUUCAAAAAGCUGAACAAGAUAUGUCUACUUUGCAAGCUACUGUAGCCAGGCUAGAAAGUCAAGUAAUACGUUAUAAGUCAGCAGCAGAGGCAUCUGAAAAAGCCGAGGAUGAACUGAAAGUAGAAAAAAGAAAGUUACAGAGAGAAGUCAGAGAGACUCAAGGCCGUGUAGAAGAACUGGAAACGGCAAAUUCUCAUUUACAGAGGCGAUUGGAUAAACUUAAAAACGCAAAAUCCGCCCUGUUGAAGGAGCUUUGACGGGACGACUUCUUGGGGUCUGUACAAUGAGUCUGCCAUUUUUCGAUUCACUGGGAACCGUGUGCCGAUGUUGCCUCACACAACAUGAGAUACUACUUAACGCAUUGAAAUAUAAUUUAUGCGAACGGAACACGUACAUAUAGUAAUCGUUACGCGGAUUUUACCAUGAUUUUAAUUGAUUUUUAAUUGUACAAUACUGCAUACAAGUAUGGCAUUCCAAAAUGGCCACCGCUGUGCAAUGGUCUAUUGGGAUGCCAUAUUUGGAUUAAUUAUACGCUAAACUGCUGUGAAAAGAAGUCGCUGUUUUAUAUUCAACACGUUCUUUUCUUUCAUUAAUUUUUUUUUUUUUUUUUUAUACUAACAAUUAUUCUGCAUUUCUUAGUAAAAGAAAAAAAAAGAGAAAAAAAAACGAAGAAAAAGAAGUAACAGCCUUUUCAAUGCAUUUCAAACACCGAAUAUUUUUUCGUUAAUUUUGCGAACAGUUAUGGAGUCGAUUCGUAAUAUGUAUAUUAUUUUGAGGAAAAAUAUUCUGACUCGUGUAUUAUAAAUGGAAUUAAAUAUUUUCCAUGCCUUUAUUUUUUGAGGCACAAUCUUUCAUGUUACUUUAGUUUUUGCUCAUUGGAGCAAUUUCGAUGGAAACAUAUGAAGAUAACCGUAUAAUAGUUAUUCAGAAUAAUUUAUGAUAUACGGGUCAAUUAAAACAUUGCGUACGUCAAUGAGUGUAAUUUUUGUGUUACAUCGAAUAAUUUAUAAACGAUAUUUCUACAGAUACAAAAUAUUUAUAACUCCUACGAGAACCGUGUUAAUAGUUAAAGCUAGAAUUUCGAAUGGCAGCAACCAAUCUACAAUAUUCAUUUUCUACUAUCGAUCGUCUACUGUGAAAUCUUGAUAAACGUUUUUAAUUUUUUAUAUCAUAUUGUCGUAUCUAAAAAAUCGAUAUUAGAUUGUACGCCGAAUAGAAUGAUAAAGAUAACUGGAACAUCUGAAAUUGAUAAAAGAAAAAAUAUUCCUGCUGAUUGUGGUGUUAAAGUUGUUAAUGAUAGCAUUUUUAAUCGAUUGAAUUGUCUCCAGAACUGAACUUUUUAUUCUUCUGACUGAUGCGAAGCAAAAGAAAGUAGAUGUAUGAUAGUGUGGUCUUUGUACAUUCGAAAUAAAUUAAACUAUGUUGUUGAAGCUAUAUAA